AUGUCACGCCUGCAGUGGUGUGGAGCAGGACGACAUGUUACCUCGAACAUUGUCAGGGACGAGAUCCAACUAACGGCUUACGACAACGUAUUCGCUGCCGAUGGUGUCCCACCCCUGUUCGACGGCCCGUGGGUUGCCGAGAUCCCGGCGUCGCAGAUCGCUGAGCGUUAUGCCGGGUGGGAGCGAGACCUCACCGAUUUGCUGCACAUUCCAAAGGUUGCAUCGCGAUGGGCAGUCCACGUCGUAGCCCCACUCCCAGCAUUCGCGAUGGAGAGAGUUUGUCUGAUCGGUGACGCUGCGCAUGCCAUGACACCACACCAAGGUCUUGGUGGGGGCCAAGGCAUCGAGGAUGCAUAUAUCCUAGCUCGAUUGCUGGAAGAUCCGAGGACGACGGUGUCCGCCUUGCCGCAUGCGCUAAAGGUUUACGACGCCAUCCGGCGGCCAGCCUCUCAAAUGGUGUCGCGGCAGUCGCUGGCCAACGGACUGACGUAUGGGUUCUUCGGUACGCAAGUCCGCGACUCAUCCCUGAGUGAGAUAGGUGGAGAAUUGAUUGCAAGCUGCCGCUGGCUGCUGGACGAAAGAGGCGCAGAAAAAGAAUGGGUGAAGGCGGAAUCUGCAUUUGGUGCUGCACUAAAGCAUUGUGGUGACGAUCUCGCUUUCCCCGGCGCGCUAUCCUACACUGGGGUAUCAAAGUAG